AUCUUUCAGUGCAUGGGAUUAUGUUCAGUCAGCUGAGCCACACAGGCCAGGGCCAUAGUUUUUUGGUGUGUUUGUUUUUAGCUAUGAAAAUUAAAUGCUUCGUUAACAUAAACAGUAUUUCAAUCUGUACAAUCAACAUUAUGUCCAAAGAUGAAGCACUGGAGUCAUCUUCUAAUGGGAGCAAAACAAGUAAAGCAACUCUAUUAUUUCUUAUAAUUCUGGAAGUUCUAGCUAUGUGUAAUAAGAUGAGAGACAAAUAAGAGUCACCAUUUUGAGAAAAGGGCUCUCAUUAUUAUCGACAUUAUAGAAGCCUCCAAAAUAACCGAAAAUCUGUUAAUGAGUUCAUUCAGUGAGACAGCUGAACACAUAACGAAGAUACCAAAGUGAAAAGCUUUCCUAUAUAUAGGACUAACUGGUUAGAAAAAUUAAUGGGAUAAAAGAAUCCUAUCCAUAAAUAGCAAGCUUAACAAGAAACAUGUAGGACUCCUUUAGAAAAGUCAAAAUUGUACUAAAUCUACUUAAAUUUUUUUAUCCUAAUACUGUAAUAGGAUAAAGUUGCAAACAACCUAGUAAAUGUCCAACAAAAGGAAAAUGGUUUGUUAUUUAUAUACUGUCCUGUUCCAAAAUUAUUUUAAGGUAGCUUUCACAAUAUAAACUGACUUAAAAUUAAGUGAAGAAUUCAGGUAAAGAUAAAUUUGAGGGAUGGACCACAGACUUUAUUCUGAGUGUUGUAGCAGCCAAAGUAAGGAAAUGAUCAUGAUUAAUUUUACAAUUCAUAUUUAUACCAUAAAAUAUCGAGUUGAUUGGAAGAAACAGCUGUUCCUGGUACUGAGACCAGAGUGUUCUCAUGGUUCCCCCAAAGAAGAUAACUGCUGUGUAGAGAAUUAUCAUUUUGAUAACCUAAUGCAGCAAACAGCGCCCGACUUCGUAGAGCUGUUUCUUUUUUUUAAUAUAUUUUAUUGAUUUCUACAGAGAGGAAGGGAGAGGGAUAGAGAGUCAGAAACAUCGAUGAGAGAGAAACAUCGAUCAGCUGCCUCCUGCACAUCCCCCACCGCAACCAAGGUACGUGCCCUUGACUGGAAUCGAACCUGGGAUCCUUCAGUCCACAGGCCGACACUCUCUCCAUUAAGCCAAAGCAGUCAGGGCUCAUAGAACUGUUUCUUACUGAACUCCUUGCUAAGGGGCCGCACAGAACCAAGCUCUAACAGUUUGGUAAAGAGUAUUUGCAGUGGAGGGAAGAAUGUGUGACGGUUACGGCUAGGAUAGACAUGAAGGUAAUUCAGUGCACUCUGAGGGGGGCAGCUCUAUGGAGGAAUACAUUGUAGAGACUAAAAUUGUGGUCCUCAGCUGAGGUGUUGUUUACCCUGGUGUCCUGUGACUCCACAGAUUGGCCACACUGAAUUUUUAUCAAUGUGUUUAUUUUUGCUAUAGUUGAGGGUCCACACUGCUAAGAAGUCUAGAAUAUGAAUGCACAAGUCACCAGGGAGGCCAGGCAAGGAGGCAUGAAGUGCUACUUAGGCUGGCAAUAAAAAGAAUUUCACGUGGAUGGACUGAACAGUUUCUGUAAACAUUCUCUAAAAUUAGAUUUGGCUAUUUCUGAUGCUUGGAAGCUAUCCUUUCAGCCACAAAGAUGGUAAUAAAUCUUUGCCUCCCACCGUUCAGACCAAGAAUUUCAUGCAACAAGAUAUCAGCUGAUGGCUAUGAAGUAGAAAAUCUCAUCUCUGAAGACCUCACAAAGAGAAGUCGUGGUUUUAGGACGGAGUAUUUUAUUAAGCCACCAGUCUAUGUGACUGUUUCCUUUCCCUUCAGUGUGGAAAUCUGUAGGAUUAACAUAGACCUCACAGCUGGGGGAGGCCAAAAUGUAACUGGCCUGGAAAUGUACACGUCCGCCUUAUCCAACAGAGCAUCUUGGAAUACCUCUGAGUGCCAGACACUGGGCUCAGCUGAGCCAUCCGUCCCAGACAAGGAGGCGUUCACCUUGGUAGGCAAAGUGUUGUUGAAAAACCAAAACCAGGUGGUGUUUAGCCACAGGGGCUUCAAGGCCAGGCCACCAUUUGGCCCGAUAGAAGCCACACUCCCCUCCCCUACUAUUGUGGCCCAGGAACUCUGGAAUAAAGGACCUCUUUCCCUUAACCAUGUGGCCCAUCUCAAGAUCUGUAUCACCCACGUGACAGGCAGUGGAAUCCCUUGCAUCAAGCGGUUGGAAGUGUGGGGUCAGCCCGCCAAAACCUGCUCUCAGGAGGUAAUAGAUGGUGUCCUGCUGGUUGCCUCCAAAAGCCUCUCCCAGGACUUGGCUCUGCAGGUACCGGCCUUGCCCAUGGAGAGUGACUGUGACCCUGGGGGUGAGUCUGGGGGCCAGCAGGCUCCCUCCAGCCUGCAGGAGCUGGCUGAGGUAUUUCAGGAUGUGCCUGAGGAGUUCCUGGAUCCCAUCACCUUGGAGAUCAUGCCUUGCCCCAUGCUCCUGCCCUCAGGCAAGGUCAUCGACCAGGCCACACUGGAGAAGUGUAACCGCAGUGAAGCCACAUGGGGCCGAGUGCCCAGUGACCCUUUCACAGGGGUAGCCUUUACUCCACACUCCCAGCCCCUGCCUCACCCCUCCCUGAAGGCCCGGAUCGACCAUUUCCUGCUCCAGCAUUCCAUCCCCGGCUGCCACCUGCUUGGGAGAGCACAGACUACAUUGGCAUUGACCCCUUCUUCCGUUGCUCUGCCAUCUCGGAAAAGGAAGAUGGAGCAGGCUGAGGAUGCCCCAGACAGUAGUAGCCUUGAUGUAAAUGCUUCCGGUUUUCCUGCCACAAGCCUGGUCUCACCCACUACCUCAGAGCACACUGCUAAGAAAAUGAAAGCUGCCAGUGAGCUUGGUCCGACACACAUGGACUGCUCAACAGGGCCAGUGUCCCAUGAGCAGAAGCUGUCACAAAGCUUGGAAAUUGCCUUGACAUCCACCCUUGGCUCCAUGCCCUCCUUCACGGCGCGGCUGACCAGGGGACAGCUCCAACACCUCGGCACAAGGAGGACCAGCACUUCCUGGAGGGCAGGCACUGGCCCGGAGCAGCCUGGGAGUGUCCUGGGUCCCGAGUGUGCCUCCUGCAAAAGAGUAUUUUCUUCCUACUUCAAAAAGGAGCCCGUGUACCAGCUUCCCUGUGGCCACCUCCUAUGCCGGCCCUGCCUGGGUGAGAAGCAGCGCUCCCUGCCUAUGAUAUGCACAGCCUGCCAGCAGCCUUUCACCAGCCAGGACGUGCUGCGGGUCCACUUCUGAGUGACUGGCCUCAACCCAGGAAGACCUUUUGUUGGGAGGAACAGAAGUGGGGGUCAUAGCUCCCUGAGAUCUGGCCAAGGCCCAGGCACAGAGGGGCCUCUUGGUUCCCAAGGGCUUUCCCUUUAUUGCCUCCCACAGUGUAGCACAGGCCUGGAGUGAGGGGUGGGGGAGGGGCCCCUCCACUCCAGCUCAAGUGGCAAUAGGAUAACAAAGCCAUACUUUGGGCUGGGAGGGCUGGGGGAGAUGUUGCUGCCCUCUUGUACCUCCCUGCCACCCCCCUUUCUGCCAGAGCCCAGGGCCUGCUUCAGCCAGCCCCACCCUGCUGAGGGCCCCCAAGUUAUUUGCAUACACGCACACACACAAACACACACACACACACACACAUGUGCAUGUGGGGCGGGGGGGGCCUCCCCCCCAUCCUGCAGGGUGGAUGUGCAUGGAGCACAGUUGUGUGUGGCUCGGGGUCUCAGAGAUUGCCUCUACCUUCAGUGUCACCCAAAAGUGGAGUGAAUGACUCAGCCCCCAACUGGCAGACUGCGUGGAGCCUUAAUAAAGUGAUUGCUGACAUCUGCUGUGGGCUUCCUCCUGAUGGACUGCCUGCCUGUCGUCACACUCCUGUCCCCUCCCGCACCCAUACAAAGUGGAGUUGUCACAGGGCCGCCGUCAGCAGUCACUGCCCCCCAGGCAGGCUGUAAUUCGGUCAGAUG